GUGUUCAGGGUCUAAAAAGAAAGCUCAAGAGUCGUCCCCGGGUGGAGAACAUCGCCUCACGUGCGCCGCAACCAACCUGCGGUCAUCGCGCCCCUCAGCUUUCUGCUUCUUCCCCGACUUUCUCCGUGCCCAAGGAAAUCACAAGUCGACGAAAUAGAGGGGUGAGAAACGAGGACAGCAAAGAAGGGAGCAUCGAUUGUCGGGGUCAAGAUUAUGAUGCCGAACCAGGCGUACAUCCGUGUGGGGAGCAUCGGCAGCGGCGGUGGCAGCGCCGCGGUUGCGAAUGGCGGAAGCGGGACACCGUCGCCGCCGGCUUCGCCGAGGAGGUCUCCGAGGAUGCACCGGCGGGGGGCGAAGGAUGGCGGCGGAUUUGGCGGUCGGAGGUUACCGCCGGGGGCGCCACGGACGCUUGCACAGAAGUUGGCGUGGAUGCUGCUCUCUCUUCUCCUCCGGCGCCAGGCCAUAUUCCUCUUCGCGCCACUGAUAUACGUAUCCGGGAUGCUCCUCUACAUGGGCACCGUCUCGCUCGACGGCGUUCCUGCGAUCAUCUCCCGACCCGCCCCUGGCUCACUUUACAGGAGCCCUCAGCUCUAUGAACGCCUCCGCGCUGACAUGGACGCCGAUAACUCAUCCGACGGGCUGGCAAAUGUCUGGAAACAUGCUAACAGAGGUGAUGGUUGGAGACCCUGUAUAAACAUGAACACAAGUGGUUUGUCUGAAUCUAAUGGUUACAUAUAUGUUGAAGCAAAUGGUGGCUUGAAUCAACAGCGCACAUCGAUAUGCAAUGCAGUGGCGGUGGCUGGCUACCUUAAUGCUACGCUUCUAAUCCCAAAUUUCCAUUAUCACAGUAUUUGGAGAGAUCCUAGCAAGUUCAAUGAUAUAUAUGAUAAAAACUACUUCAUUACAACUUUGCAAAGUGAUGUACGAGUGGUUGAUAAAAUUCCAGAAUAUAUAAUGGAAAGGUUUGGCCAUAAUAUGAGCAAUGUUUACAACUUCAGGAUAAAAGCUUGGUCUUCCAUUCGAUAUUACAGGGAUGUUGUUCUACCGAAGUUAAUUGAAGAAAGGUUUAUAAGAAUUUCUCCUUUUGCAAAUCGGCUGUCAUUUGAUGUCCCACCUGCAGUUCAAAGGCUAAGAUGUUUGGCAAAUUUUGAGGCCUUAAGGUUUUCAAAUCCCAUUGAAAGUUUGGCUGAAACGCUUGUUUCUCGAAUGAAAGAAAGGAGCAUAGAUAAUGGUGGAAAAUACAUUGCAGUUCACCUGCGCUUUGAAGAAGAUAUGGUUGCUUUCUCAUGUUGUAUAUUUGAUGGCGGGGAGGAGGAGAGGCAAGACAUGAUCGCAGCAAGGGAAAGAGGUUGGAGAGGAAAAUUUACUAAACCUGGGCGUGUCAUUCGGCCUGGUGUUAUUAGAACAAAUGGAAAAUGCCCCCUCACACCUUUGGAGGUUGGACUGAUGCUUCGAGGCAUGGGAUUCAGUAACAACACAUUGAUUUAUCUGGCCUCUGGAAAGAUUUACAGGGCAGAAAAGACCAUGCGUCCUCUUCUUGAAAUGUUUCCUCUUUUGCAAACAAAGGAGACAUUGGCAUCAGCUGAAGAGCUUGCUCCCUUUAAGAAUUAUUCCUCUAGGAUGGCUGCGCUAGACUACACUGUUUGUCUCCACAGUGAGGUGUUUGUUACGACUCAAGGUGGAAAUUUUCCACAUUUUCUGAUUGGCCACCGGAGAUAUCUAUAUGCCGGGCAUUCCAAGACUAUUAAACCUGAUAAAAGAAAGCUAGCACAGUUAUUUGCUAAUCCUAAUAUCAGAUGGAAAAGUCUGAAGCGUCAAUUACUAAGCAUGCGAUCUCAUAGCGAUUCCAAGGGUAUAGAGAUCAAAAGACCAAAUGAUUCUAUAUACAGUUUUCCAUGCCCAGACUGCAUGUGUCGCUCAAAUAAUACAGAAGUUUCAAAAUCCUUGCCCGCCCGAUGAUUCAGGAAAAAUUUUUGGUCCUUUCAUACUUCGUGAUUCACUUGAUUUAUGAAUUGAUCUGGCACACUCAUUCUUUGAUUGGCAUCUGUUGGAGAUUACCCUCUCGUUCUUUGGGAAUCUUGCAGGCUCCUGCAGAGAGCACAUUGCUCGUAUUCUUUUUAGUGUGGGAUAAUUGCAUCCCUUUGUACAGUCUACUACAUCAAGAGAGGAUGGCUAUAACUGGAAGCUCACUGAGCUUGCUCUGCAUUGAAAUUCAUAUAUCUGCCUCCUCAGUUUUGACCAAAUAUCUGGUAGCUUGUAUAUGAAUUGAUUUUUUAUUUUUUUUGGGUUCAUUAUAUACGAAAUGGUUGCAGAUUUCAGGUAGAAAGAAUAGGGCAUUUUUUAGCUUUUUGUGGAGCUGAGCUUUUGUCUGUUGUAUUUGUUCAUGCUCCCAUUGAAGUUUUGUAUUGGUUAAUGCUGUUGAAGCGAGCCUUAUCUUGUCUAUUUCUUUAUCCUGAUCAAAUGGCCAUGCCAGAUUUGCUAAUUGAGGGAAGCUUAUAUUGCAGUGUUC